UGAAAUUUUAAUAUUUUACCUAAGGAAAACUUUACUUUUUAUGUCAUUUGAGGAAGGAUACGAAAUAAGAGUGUGUACCAAAUACAGACUAACCCACAGACUUGGAUCUGGGGCAUUUGGUAUUGUGUACCUUGCAGAAGAUACUUCUAACGACCAUCAAAGAGUUGCAGUUAAAAUGGAAUCUCUGAAAUGAAAGCACCCUCAAUUACUCGGAGAAGCAAGGAUUCUUCAAAAUUUAUCAGGAAAAGAACGUUUUCCCUCUUUUAAGUGGUAUGGUCAGGAAGGUGACUAUAAUGUCUGAAUUAUGAAUCUUCUUGGCCCAAGUUUGGAAGAUCUUUUCCUAUAUUGUGACAAGAAGUUUACCCUUAAAACGUGACUGAUGUUGAUAGACCAAGGAAUUCAAUGCCUUGAGAAGUUACACGAAAAUGAUAUCAUUCAUCGUGAUAUCAAGCCUGAGAAUUUCUGUAUCGGUAUUGAAGAGAAAUGCGAGUCUUUACAUAUUAUUGACUUUGGUCUGUCCAAAUAUUAUCGGGAUUCCGUCACAAAAACUCAUUCGGAGUAUUGUGAAGGAAGAGGCAUGAUCGGAACUCCUCGGUAUUGAUCUAUCAACGCUCACCUUGGGAACCAACUCAGCCGACGAGAUGACCUAGAAUCCCUUGGAUACGUGAUAAUUUAUAUGCUUACUGGGACACUCCCAUGGAAAGGCAUGAAAGCUCGCUCAAAAUAAAGAAAAGAACAAGGCUAUAUUAAGCGAAAAGCAGGAUUCUAUCCGAACUGGAAGACUCUUCGAAGAACUCCCAAGAGAAUUUAAGGAGUACUUUGACUACGUGCUAAAUCUUAAGUACGACGAAACUCCUAACUACAACAAAAUGAGAAGGAUUAUGAAAGAGUUAUUCUUAGAUAAAGGAUUUGAUUACAACUUUGAUUGGGUAGUUUCAGAUCUCGAUAGUAAUAAAGACAUGGAAGAAGACUACACUAAAGAAAGCUCUCUCCAGAACAACAAGGGCAAAGAUCCUGCUACUCCAUGUAGCAACAACACUUUCUCCUCUUCCGAGGCUGGAGACUUCUAAAUCCCUUCCUCCUCCCUAUCAAAAAGUCCUCGGGCUUGCUCCUGUCAGACUAGUGACGUAAUUUGGCACCUAUUCUAGCCCUUGGAGAACCUAAUGGAAAUAUUUUAAGCCAGAGAUAUCAAUUUAUU